AAGAGUGGAGUAAAGCAAAACCAUGCACUGAGUGAUGGCACUGUAGCUAUCAUUGAAAAUGCUGGUAAUUCUUUCGGUCGCUGCCAUUCGUUAAUACUACUCGAAUCGAGGGAGGAUGCGGCUUUGGCCAACCAGCUGAGCUGCAUGCAGAACCAUUUUCCAACGUUUAUUUUAGUUAAACACUAACCACCGAGGUGUUCGAACGCUUUUCCAGCUUUGCUCUGAACAGACCACAGCAUUCAAUGGAACUGUGGCUCAAGAGUGGAAAGCUCAUCGCGUUGGGCUCUAGUGAUUCUAAACAAUAAUAAUUGCCGUUUCAGUGACUAACUAUCUAAUAUGUUGGGUAUUUGCCAAAAAGUUUAGCAUUGAGAAUUUCUUAGAUAGUUCUAAUCAUAAAAGUGCGCGCUUUAUACUUAUUUACUGAGGUGUAUAAUUCCGAGUGGUUUGUGAAUUUCUUCAGAGCAUUGAGACGUUGACAUGAGGCUCACAGUUUAAACCCCUUUUAAGCAUACGUAACUGCCGUUUCCUAUGGAUAGUUGAAUUGGAGUCGCGUGCAAUUUCCCCGUAUAAAAUGUGGUCGUAAUGCUGCAGUGAUUUUGAUUAAUGCUCGCCGGUAGAUAACGAUACAACAGAGAAGCGUACACCAUACGAGUGACAAAAUGGGAAUUCAACAACGAGUUUAAAUAUUUUCAGCCUUCGCGCAUGAUACAAUGCAGGAAAGAGUGAAGAGUUCCGAAAUACCAGAUUUAAGAAGGUAGAUUAUGUGCUGCAACGGAAAAUGCUGCUUCGAUAUCGGUGGUUACCACAACGUCUCGUGAGGCGCCGCCAGUUUUGCCCGACAUGGGAUGGCUUUAGUGUGAAAAUGCUUUGCAUAGUUGUUUUUCUUGUGGCGAUUCGCGCAGUGGAUCAUCGCGAUGUUGGAGUAAACUGUUUUCACUUGGAUGUGCAAAAAGUAAAUCACAUUGUGUUAGAUAACGAAAAGGUAGAUAAAAGCAAUCUGCAUCGGUAUCUGCGGGAACAUGAGCACAGUUUUCUAUUCGGAAAGGAAAGUACAAAUGACUUCAGCAUUGUUAGCGUGCGACGGAGAAAACGUACAACGAGAUCAACGGAAAAGCUUAUUGAGUUCAAUAUCAGUGAUAGUACAGAUGAAAGCUUUUUGAUAAAACUAAGAAAAUCCAAUAUUUUAAUUGAUGAUUCCUUUGCGUUGAUCGAGAGUUACGACAAUUCAACGCAACUGUUGGAUGAUUCUUAUCAGUUAGUUCAAAAGUUUGCUGACUGUUUUUACAGAAACGACUAUGCUGCUUUUGAUCUUUGUGAGGGCGAAGCCCGAGGGUUAAUCAAAUUGAACAAUUCGGACUUGAUAUUACAUCCACUGCCAGAACGAUUCGGAGCUAAUAACCACGUACUUAUAAAUAAAAAUAGAACAACUAAUUUAACUACCGCUCAUGUAAACCAGACUGAUAAAAAUGUGAUAUUUGAACCAGAUAUGUCUCAUUACGAACCCACCUAUUUUUCAAUGCCGAGCAAAGACCGAAGCAAACGACACAUUGGCAAUAUAAAAGUUCCAGAUACACUCCACGUUGAGACUGCAAUAUUUAUCGAUAAGGAUCUCUACCAACAUAUGUCGAAGAAUUUUCCUAAAAACACCGAAGCUCAUCUUAUUCGCUUUGUCCUUGCUAUGGUCAACGGUGUCCAGCUACUCUACAACCAUCCCUCAUUAGGACAUCCGAUCAACUUCAUCCUAAAGCGGCUAGAGAUACUGCACAAUGAUCCAAAGGAUCUUCGUCGAUCUAGUGAUAUCGAUGUGUACCUGAACAGUUUUUGCGGCUGGCAGCGGAAAUUGAAUCCGAUCUCGGAUGCCGAUCCGGUACAUUUCGAUCACGCUGUGAUACUUACCGGGCUUGAUCUGUACGUGGUCAGUAAAACUGGAAAAGUGAGCAACCAAGUCGUUGGGCUGGCACCGGUUGCUGGCAUGUGCACGAUGACGUCCAGCUGCACGAUCAACGAGGGAAAACAUUUCGAAAGUGUGUUCGUCGUUUCACACGAAAUAGGCCACAAUUUAGGAAUGCGCCACGAUACAUCGGAAAACAACUGUGAUCCCAGCCAAUACAUAAUGUCGCCAACUCUUGGAAGUGGAAAAAUCACGUGGUCAACAUGCAGUCGAAAUUACUUGAGUUCGUUUUUAAAAACUAGUCAAGCGGUUUGCCUGUUUGAUCGGGGCCAUUUUGGGCCCAGUUUGGAUCACGCUGCUCAAGGAAUGCUACCGGGAGAGCGCUUCGAUGCAGAUCAACAGUGCAUGCUCAAGUAUGGAAAAGACAGCAUUCGAUCACAAGCACAACAUGUUGCCGACAUUUGUCGAGAUCUACACUGCCAAAGGGAUCGAUACACGUGGACGUCUCACCCAGCACUGGAGGGUACUGCGUGUGGAACACUAAUGUGGUGUCGUAGUGGAGCAUGUGUUUCGAAGAUACCGGGUCUUACGAUCCAAUCUAGUGGCAAACAUAUUACUGCUUUCAAGACCAUCGAUAAAAAAGCUUUCAUUGAGGGUUUGAAAUUUGCCAGUUUAAAACAAGACACUGCCAGAACUUUGAACACUAUUCCAACCUGGGACGCCUGGGGAGAUCCGACCGAGUGCGAGUCAGGAUGUUUGUAUGGUGAAUCUGGGCGCCUCAAAGAGGGUAGCGUUGGAUUGCGUCAAUAUAGUAGGAUUUGUCUGGAUAAGAGAAAUAGUUGUAUUGGCUCCAACAAAAAAUACGAAACAUGUAUUGCCAAACAGUGUUACAACAUUGCCCGGACUACUAUACUGGAUUUCGCAAAUCAAAUAUGCGAUCGUGCCAAAGCGUUUGACUCCGAUAUUCGAGGCAUCGGCAUUCAAAAAGUUGCUGAAGAUCCGGAGGAGGCGUGCAAAAUAUUUUGCGAAACAAAGUCUGGGGAUCCCAAAACGAAAAGUUGGAUUUUCCCAGAUGGGACGACCUGCCGCGUUCGAAGUUCUGAUUUUGAUGAUUAUUUUUAUUGCAUCAGUGGAAGAUGUCAGAAAUUCUCAUGCAAUGGCUCAUUGGAAAACUUCUAUCGAAUAGAUCCCAUGUUCUGCCCGGAGAGUUCCAUAUCACCGGACAGAGCCAGUAACAGCAUCCAGCAGGAGAAUGGACGAGACUACAAAAGCCUCAAUCUUGUACACGACGCUCAUCAAACAACUCGCAAGUUAGAAAAUGUUACUCAAAACUCUGUUUUCUACAAUUACCCAGAGAGAAGGCGCAUUCCCGAAGCAAACUUCUACAAAGCCGAUAAUUAUGGCCGUUGGAGAGUAAGACAGUUCGAACCGGAAAAAUAUGACAAACUGUCACAGUUACAAUCGCGGAAAAAUCAGUGGGAUAUAAAGUCCGGCUGUCACUUCAGUUGCAUGGAAAAGUCCAAAGGAAUUCAAAUCGUAGCCUCAAGGAUGGACAUCCGUACCAGCAUUCAGCUGUGCACCCCCAAUACAAUCGCUUGCGACAAGGUUCUCACUACGUACGAAUACGCGACUAGACUGUGUAAACGAUACCAGCAAAAGGUUCGUGGCCUCUCUGGCGUUGGAAUGCAAAUAGCUCCAAGUGUGGAGGAUCCGGAUCGCAGCUGUCGCAUCGCAUGCCAGGACAAUUUCAUUCGGCAUCGGUUUUACCUUGUGAAUGGAGAACAGGGACAUUUUCCGUUUGGAGCUCGAUGCAACCACGAUGAGCCGAACCGAUAUUGUGUCAAUGGAAAGUGUUUGCGAUUUGGCGAGGACGAUACACCUUUGAAUGAAUCAUACAAUAGCUUAGCACAUUUGCGAACAAAACGAACUGCCAGAAGAAUCAAAAGACAUUUCGAAUUCUUCUCGCCUAUCAACGUAACCGAGCGCAUCAGCCAAGAGUAUAUCGAGAAUUUAAUAGCAAACAUGAAUUUUGCAAGGAAUACUGACGAAAUAUUUGAGGACAACAUCGAUUUCAGAAACCCAAUCUAUUUCAGUCCGUAAAAUACGAUUUUUAGACGGAAUGCAAAAUGAUAUGUCGAUAAACUUUUUCUUCUGAUAACUAGGCAUUUUGAUGGCAAAUCUUUUGUAAACUAAUUAUUUAUUAUACUAUAAAUUAUAACCGGUGAUAAACGAAUAGCAAUACAUAAAU